UUAUUCUUCAUGACAACUUCAAUCACAAACUACGGAGACAUCGGGAUACCAUGGAAACUCAACAUAUCUCCCAUGACAUUCGCUAUUUACGCUCACGAAACAACUCUCUCGUCGCGGAAAUUGAGACUCUUCGCGCUUCCAACCAAAGCCUCCAAUUGAAACUGACUGAAAAGGAUGAUCUCCUUCACCAUAUUCAGUUGCAAAAGGACGAUGUUCUCAAGCGAUACGUUGAUCUCUCCAAGGAAAGAGACACACUUCGUCUCGCUAUUCAGAGACUUGAGGAUGAUUUUCGCCGUAGAGAAAUGCAUUUUUACGAAGAAAAAGAGAGAAUAAGGACUGAGCUUGAGGUCUCAAGAAAGAAAGCUGAGGAACUACUAGAUGAGAAAAGAGAGCAAUCAGCAGUUUGUUCGCGUAAUUUGGAGAUUGUGCAAUCUGCGAAGCAUAGUUUACUGAGGUUGGUUGACAAUCUCAAUUUGUGUGUGGAUGGAGCAGAAAACUCUGAGUUAAAGCGCGAAGAGAAAAGAGAAAAAACAACAGUGUUUUCUGUAGAGCUGAAGCUGGUUCUAGAACUGGUGAAUCUAGUUGAGGAAAAAUGGAGAGAGUGUGAGGAAAUGAGGAAAAAGGAGAAGAGAGAAUUGGAGAAUAGUGUGGUGAGUUUAGAAGAGGAGAAUCGAGAUAUUAAUAGCUUGCUUAAGAUUGCUUUAGUGGAAAAGGAGGCAGCAGAGAAGAGUUUGAACAGAUUAAGGUGCAAUACUGAACAGAAGAAAGGAGCCAUUUUGCAGAUUGCAGAGAGAGGGUUGCAAAAGGUUGGCUUUGGGUUUGGAUUUAUGAUAGGAAGUGCAAAAAGCGAAACCUCUUCAGAUAAUCUAGAUUCUGAUACCAGCGUCAAAUCGGAUAAUGAUGAAUGCCAAACAGAAGCUGUUGCUCUGGCCUCAACUGUCGAAGCAAUAACAAAGAAGUUAAGACUUGAAAUCACACAGUUGCAGAGGUCUUUGGAGGAAUCCAGGUCAGAGAUGGAGUCUCUGCAGCAUCUAUCAGACAAACAAAGUCAGAAGCUAGAAGCAAAUAUGACAUACAUCAAAGAGUUGGAAGAUAGAGAAAUGAUGCUUACUGAAAAGGUUGCAGAACUCAUGGUAGAAAAUAAAGAGGCUGAAGAAGAAAUCCGUAGAUGGAGAGAAGCUUGUGAAAUGGAAGUGGAAGCUGGUAAGAAAGCUAUUAAAAAGCGGGAAGAACUGGUCAGUAUUCAGAAACAAGAAUUGGAAAAGAUCAAAGCUGCUUUACGUACUUCCAAUAGCAAGUUGCAGCUGAAAGAUGAGCUAGAGGCGGCAGCCAUCGCAGCGCGGGAGGCAGCUGAGAGAUCUCUCCAACUUGCAGACAGCAGGGCUACUGAAUUACGUAAGCAGAUCGAGGAGCUAACGAGACAAUUAGAAGUAGCGGAGAAAAAGGAGCGAAUAAAUCGCCGUAGAUUGAGGCAUGUAUGCUGGCCGUGGCGGGCUCUCAAGUUCUGCACUGUUAAUGAUACAACUGCUGUGCGACAAGUAACAAGGAUGCUACCAGAAAUGCAAGCAUUUGUCAGUUAAUGUUUGAUUGUCUCAUUCUCUCCUCCGAGCCCAAAGUAAAGGCUUUCUUCCCUUAAUUUUUAGCCUUUAUUUAAAUGUUUUACAUGAAUUUCUGCUUCCAUCCUAUGGAUAAUUGAUGGCUUUCACGAAGAAUAAUAGUGAAGGAGAUCGCUACAGUAGAAUAAUUCUUGUUCCUGGAUGGUCGUUUCAUGAGAUAAGUCCAGUUUAAUAACUCCAAUUGGGAGAUAAAAAGAUAUAAAAAAAGGGAAAGAUUAAAAAGUCAUUCAUAGCCGAGGCUUGAACAUUGGAAAGGCAAAAAGUUUUUUCACAUUUACAUAAUAGAACAUAACUACAACAACUGAUACAUAAAUAUAUCAAACUGUAUAAUCUAACAAAUUGAUUUAGCAACAUAAUGGAAAUGCUGGCAAAUUCUAGUUGCCAUCAAAAGAACUAUUGUUCACAAUCUAGUUGAAAAGCUG